GUCGAGAGUUGGCUUCUGAGCGGCAAUCCAUCGAAAACUGGCUGUUGACUUGCCAUGAAACGGCUACGGUGGCGCGCCCAAAAAACGAGUCUGAUCCCUAUAAGCUGAGCGUGCUGUGGCAUUCAAUCUUUAUCAGUCUCUAUGCCAACCUCAAUAGUCUCGAGCUCGUUAUCGGUCGCGAGGGCGUAGAGGCUGCGCGGGGCCUUGAGAACGAGGUCCGUCGGUGGGCUUCUUCCACGGAUGGUGAUCGAUGUGCUUUGCAUGCGAUGUGCAUCUUGAAGACUAUGGACCAAACCAGUUUCGGCGUUGAGCCGCCUAUUCACAUCCCGCGCGUCGUCUUCCGCGCGGCCUUGGUCUGGUUCUGUUACACGACAUUUGGCUCGGAUGCGCUGGAUGCGGACCAGCCGGCCCUGGUUUUUCCGAGGCUGACUCGGCUGGGGAUUAAUUGCCAACAACUGUUGUUCGAGGCCAACGGUUUCAGCGUAAGUCGCCCGCGAGCAUCCGGAUCGAGCACACUUUGUGCUCUGGUCGAUUGUCUCCGACGCAUUGGGCACUGGGAAAUCUCGCGUCGCUUCACCACUAUACUGAGCGUGCUGCUACCGGAUACGGCGAGUAAAGUGAUGCCUAACCUGCGAGCCCCUCCGUAGUCACUGUUGCUGGUUAUAGCAUAGGUGGGCCGCUCUUUACGAUUUGUGUGGAACAAAGGUGAAUCAACAGCGCCAUUAUCCUUUAUUACAAUUUAGACCUCCUAGUAUUGCGCGAUCGGGGCUCCUGAAACCGUUCAACAUCGCUUGGUUCAUUCCUAUUUAACGAAAUACUUUUUUU